AUGGGAGAAGCAGGGAAUGGAGGCCUUCUUUCCUCGGCCGAGGCCAGGAAGAAAAGGAGGAGACUAAUAGAGCAUAUUGCAUCGGAAAUGAGGCUAAUUCGGAGGGAGAUUGAGAGGCCAAGAGCAAUGAGGGAUGCACCAGGAUUUCUUUAUGACUUUGAAAAGCAAAUACCUUUCAGGCACCAAGAAAUUAGAUGUGCAAGUAUUCCCGCCAAAAAGGCCGAUAGCAAGUCUGGGGAUGAGUUAGGGAAGAUAAGGAUGGCAGCAGAGUAUGCUGCAGAAUCUGGGGUUCUGAUGCUAAUAGACGUCCUGAAGCAGUCUAAGAAGAUUGUAUUUAGUAAGGAUUGGGAGAUUGGAUAUAGGGAAAAUAACGUUAUUAACAUUCUUCGCCAGAUCGAAAAGAAAAGAAGAAAAGGAGAUCUGUUGCAGAAUCCAAGAGAACACAGGAUUGAGAGAGCAGAUGUAGAAAAGACGUGGAAGAUGAUGGUUGAGGAAGAGGCCCGGAGAAAGGCACAACUGGAUUCUAUAGUGCAUGAGAUUUCUCUUGCAAAAAGAGACAGAGUGAUCCAUGUGAAUACCUUUCUGUCCUCCUUUAUUGGAACUCUAAAUGAAAGGACUACGGAUCUAGAAGGGAGAGGUAUAUCCGAUGGGGAAGGGGAGGGAGACGGAGUGAUUUACAGUAGAAGACGACUGUCUAAGAUGUUUAUCGGGGGAGAGGUGAGUUACGAAAGUGUUGUGCUCCCUACGGUGGGAGACGACAAUCCCCCGCCUAUAUUUGGCCGAAGGUUAUAUAUUCCUUCCGAAAAGAUCGAAAGUGUGACUCCAAGGACUCAGAUAAGCGAGAGGUAUAAGAAAUAUCUUGCCAACUUUUCAAAGCUUAACUCUGCUCAAUCGGGGAGAAGCAACUUUAGUAUGCCGCAAGGAUCUGUGGCAAGUCAUCCGAGUAGCCAGCACAUCUUUAAGAAGGUGUCUAUGGAGUAUCUACGAUGUAAAAGUGCUAGAGAUAUUGUUAGCCAUAAAUAUAGGAAUGUGGUUAUUGAUAGAACAGUAGACUUGCCCAAAAGACCAGAGGGAAGAUAUCCGAAGAUUCAUCUACAGGAUGGUUUGGGUGGAGAUCUGUGCUCGAGUGGGAGCGAUGAUGCAAAUGUCGGAUAUACCUUUCUUAUUGAGGCAGCACUAGGAAAGGUCCCGAGUUCUGGGCAAAAGGGAGAGUUAGAGCCAACCAUGGGAUCCGAGAAUCUUCCUAGUGGCAGCAAUGGGACGACUGGGGAUGAAAUUGAAAAUGGAAGAGAUAAAGAAACAUGA